AUGCAACUUUGGGAAUUACGAAGACGUUUUUUCCGAGUUAAGACUAUCAUUGGUGAUCCGUUAGAAACCCGGCUGCAACGAUGUCUUACCACCACAGAUAUUACUUUGCUUGGUAUUGGGCACAUGAUCGGCGCUGGGAUUUAUGUUCUGACUGGUUCUGUGGUACUUCAUAGUGCUGGACCAUCAAUUAUUCUAUCAUUUGCAUUGGCUGGUGUAGCAUCAUUAUUAGCAGCGUUAUGUUAUGCAGAAUUUGGCUCUAGAUUUCCAAAAGCUGGAAGUGCAUACACCUAUGCAUAUAUUGGUGUUGGUGAAUUAUGGGCGUUUAUUAUUGGAUGGAAUGUAGUGUUGGAGCAUAUGCUAGGAGCUGCUGCGAUAGCACGAGCAUGGUCAGGUUAUUUACGGUCACUGUUUGGCGAUUAUGUGCCAUAUACAUCGCAUCUUGCACAAGAAGGCUUUACAUUUGGAAAUAUAAGGCACUUUUUUUGGGAAUCACUGGAUCUUGUAGCCUUUUCGGUGAUUGUUGUCGUCGGUGUAUUUGUUGCUCUUGGCUCUAAAACUUCUACCAACGUUAACUCAUUUUUCACCAUCGUUAAUAUGUUGGUAAUAUUAUUUGUGACAGUUUAUGGCUUUACCUUUGCCGAUUUGUCUAAUUGGAAAGGUAUUAAUGAAAAAGGAGAGUGGAACUUUCUUCCAUAUGGUUGGGCCGGAAUGUUUACUGGAGCUGCUAGUUGCUUUUUCGCCUAUAUUGGUUUCGAUGGACUGGCUACAGCAGGAGAAGAAUCGCAGACACCAGCUCGUUCAAUUCCACUGGCCACUCUAGCAUCAAUGUCAUUUGUGACCAUUGCCUACAUUCUGAUGUCUGCUGCUUUAACGCUUAUGGUGCCCUACUACAUGGUGAACCCAACUGCUGCAUUUUCCGAGGCGUUCGCCCAACACGGAGCCAUAUGGGCAAAGUACGUUGUUUCCAUCGGAGCCAUUUCAGGAAUGGCCACGAGUCUGGUUGGAUCUCUCUUUGCUCUUCCGCGUUGUGUAUACGCUAUGGCAGAAGAUGGCCUGCUUUUUAGCUUCUUUGCACGAAUCAGUGAAAAAACACAGGUCCCCGUAAAUGCCAUGGCCGUUUUUGGUACAGCUACGGCUGCUGUUGCUUUGCUUUUCACCAUCGAUACAUUGGUUCAGUUUUUAUCCAUAGGUACAUUACUCGCCUACACAUUCGUCUCUGCUUGUGUUAUCAUUCUUCGUUAUCGACCUACAAUUGAGGCUGACGACAUUUCUCAAGUUCCUGGUGGCUGUAUAAGAUCGUGGGUACCUGGCGAAAAAUGGUUACGUUUGGCUAAACCAGGAGAACUGGUAACAGUAUGUGUGUUUGCUAUGAUCUCAGCUUUCUCAAGUAUUGGACUAAUAUUAGCCACUGGCGGAGCCGCAACGUUAUUUGGACUACUAGUUUUGAUAUUCUCUUCAAUAGUCUCACUUAUCAGCCUGGGUUUGAUUUGCUUACAUCACCAGAACAACGAAGAAUUACAGUUCACUGUACCGUGGGUCCCAGUAAUACCAGCUUUGAGCAUGUUUAUCAACAUCCUAUUAAUGCUCCAUUUGGCACCAAUCACUUGGCUUCGACUUUUGGUAUGGCUACUAAUCGGUAUGACUUUAUUAAAAACAAAUUUUUAA